UCCUCGCCAUGGCCCCUGCACUGCUGCUGGUCCCCGCUGCGCUCGCCUCUUUCAUUCUGGCCUUUGGCACUGGAGUGGAGUUCGUGCGCUUUACCUCCCUUCGGCCACUUCUCGGAGGAAUCCCAGAGUCUGGCGGUCCGGAUGCCCGCCAGGGAUGGCUGGCCGCCCUGCAGGACCGCAGUGUCCUUGCUUCCCUGGCUUGGGAUCUGGGGCUCCUGCUACUGUUUGUUGGGCAGCACAGCCUCAUGGCCACUGAGACAGUAAAAGCGUGGACAUCCCGGUACUUUGGGGUCCUGCAGAGGUCACUAUAUGUGGCAUGCACUGCCCUGGCCUUACAGCUGGUGAUGCGGUACUGGGAGCCCGUACCCAGAGGCCCUGUGUUGUGGGAGGCUCGGGCUGAGCCAUGGGCCACCUGGGUGCCCCUCCUCUGCUUUGUGCUCCACGUCAUUUCCUGGCUUCUCAUCUUCAGCAUCCUUCUCGUCUUUGACUACGCUGAGCUCAUGGGCCUCAAACAGGUGUACUACCAUGUGCUGGGGCUGGGUGAGCCACUGGCCCUGAAGUCUCCUCGGGCUCUGAGACUCUUUUCCCACCUGCGCCACCCAGUAUGUGUGGAGCUGCUGACAGUGCUAUGGGUAGUCCCCACCCUGGGCACUGACCGCCUCCUCCUUGCUCUCCUCCUUACCCUGUACCUGGGCCUGGCUCACGGGCUGGACCAGCAAGACCUGCGCUACCUUCGAGCUCAGUUACAAAGAAAACUCCAUCUGCUCGCCAGGCCCCAGGAUGGGGAGGCAGAGUGAGGUGCUAACUCUGCUUCCAAGCCCUGUACUUCUUCCCCCAAGUUCAAAAUCCCUUAAUCCAGGCCCUGGAUUCUUCAGACCAGAGGCCUAAAUCUGUGGACUGAUGGGGUUGUUCCCACUGCUUAAGGCUUCAUUCCCUGGAUCCAGCUCCAUACCCUAAAUUCAGAGUUUCAGCCACUAGACUCCAAGGUUUACUUCUCACCAGUCAGGAAGAGGGAGUGUGGAAGUCUUCUGCCUCCUCACAGUUUAGGGCUUGACCUCUUCCGACCCUCUUUUCCCCCCACCUCACAAGGAAAGGGGUCUGCCCUGACUG